AUGUAAUAACAACAUUAGACACUGAAUUUCUAAGUUCUUGAGAUGAAUAUAAAUUCUUAUAUUAAAGCUAUCCUUUUUGAUUUUGAUAUUAUAGAUGAAAAUAAGAUCACAUAAAUCCUCCAGAAGAGAAAUAUUAAAUUAGUUAUUACAACAUUGAAAUAAGUAGAAUUAUAAUUUAUUUAAUAACCGAUUAUUUUUGUAAAUGGGAUUGAUGAUCAUUAGACAAUUAUAUAAUAUAAUUCUCAGAUUAAUUUAGUUUAAGGGAACAUUCUUUACUUAUUUCAUGAAUAUAAACUUAUGAUUAAAUAUAUCAUUAGCUUACAGUUAACAAAAAACAAUGCAUCUGAUAUUCAUAAUUUAGAUAUUGUAAGAAAAUAUAUUUUAUUCUAUCUAGUAAACCUAAUAGUUAAUAAAGGAAACUAAACUGGUAAACUAUUUUAAUGAACAUACAAAAAAAUUAAUAAGUUCUUCCAAUUCAACUGGACCAGGUAUUUCAAAUAUAGAAAUUAUUAAUAAUUUGCCUCCUCCAAUUAAAAUUCCAGUAUUCUAAAUAAAGAAAUUUUAGUGA